UUGGAGCGUGGAGCGCCGCUCGCCUCAGUCAGCGCUCGGCUUCCACUCUGUACGCUUGUGUUAGUGACGCCGUGCUGUGACAAAUUGACAGUUGUGAUCGUGAACGAGUGAUGUUUUCGUGUCGGAACUAUGGUGUAUCCUCAUGAAAAUGUGGAGUGAUUUUCAGGGCUCGGGCGGCGGUUGCGGCGCCAAAAGGCGUGCCGGCUCCCCGUGCGAGGGCGGCGGCAAAGUCGCGCGCUGGGAGGACUCCAUAGCGCGACUCGAGGCCGUGGCCGCCGGCGCUGGCGGCGGAGACUGCUGGCGAACCGAGGAGGAGGAGAGGCGCGCAUGUCGCCGGCGCUGGUGCGGCGGCUGGUGCGGAGCGCACGACACCAUCCGUGCCGAGAACGGCAAGUCUUACUUGGAGUUGGGCGGUGCUGCCGCUCGCGCCUGCUGCGACGGUCGCGCGGCCGGUCGCUGUGCUUCUCGACGCUGCUACCGCGAGAGACGUUUCAAAAUGAUGAACUUGUGUGCUUUGAAGUUGGCAAGAUUACGCCAAACCGCGGACCCUUCUUUGAGACGAUCCGUGCUAGUGUGCAAUACCCUGCGAGGCAUCGAAAGGGAGAUGGAGAGGGAGAGUGUGGAAGAAGCACCGUUCGAACCGGUCGGGUGCGCCGGAGGCAACGUGAGUCGGUGCGAGCUGCUGAGCGCGCGAGACCCGGCCGCCGGGCGAGCCACCCCGUUUCCCGCGCCAGCCGCCCCCGACCGAGACUCGGGCUACGGCGACGAGGAGCAGCGCACGAUCGACUGGGGCUCGGUGCUGAGCCUGUCGUCGCGGUCGGCGCUGGACCCGCCCGAAGACGCGUGGCCCGACGACUGGGGCUGGAGCGAGGACAGCUUUGUGCGGCUACUGGUGCCGACGAGUUAGUGGUUGUCGCGCGGGCAGGAGUGGCCCGCGCCCCCCUGAGCGCCUGUGAUACGCCGAGCUGAGGGCGGCGGAGCGGCCGGCCCUGUGCUGCAGGCGCCGAGCCGACGCGACGCACGCACGCACGCACUAGUUAGUAUUAUGUAAUUGCAAAAGGGAAGGUGCUAGCUUCGGACGUGACGCUGGACUUGAAAGCGAGCCGAGUUAUUUUUGAUAGUUUUAUUUCGUUUAAGUGAUUCCGAACUGAAAACUAGUGACUUAACCGAUGACGUUAUUAUCGUUUGAUGAGACUCGGGUGUUUAAAAUUUUGUUGAAAUUAUUAUGUAAUUAAUUAGGUGAAUAGUAUAUUUAUUAUUUCGUUGAAACAAAAACGUGAUAGUUUGAAAUUAUUUCUGUCUUGGGAUUUUCAUUGAACAACGAUGUUAACUUUAAAAUAACUAAUUUUAAUCCGAUUAUGUUGAGACAGAAACUUAAAUCGUCGGGGUGGACUCAUCGGUGAAACUGCCCAUAGCUCAGCUCAUUUUAAUAUUGCCAAUGAUGAGGACACUUCGACGAAUAAGAUUUCAAAUAAAAGACAAAAAUACUAAAGUAAAUGUGUGGACAAUGUACCGAACGUUUGACAAAAGCGGCUCAAUGUUGCGCGCUGCCGCUGCUCCAACUAUGUAGAUUUAAAACGACGAACAAAUGUAAGCCAGUUAGUUCCUUGGUACUUAACUUGUGAUGUACUUUCAUAAUCAGCUGUUCGUCUAUGGCGGCAUGUACUGUACGUCAAUUAAAGAAGCCUUACAACCGCUACUAUGAAAGUAUGAGCAUGUGAAAUUUGGAAUUUAAAAAAAAAUCGCGACUAAUUCGUGGCGAAUCGUACUUAAACCCUCCUACUACUGUCGGAAUUGAAAUCUUAAAUUGUGAUCCGGUUGCCUUUCAAUGAACUGUUUAUUACAUUUUAAGCUCGUAGACUAAGAAGCACUUUUUUAUUGAAGCUUACGCCGUUCAGUCAAACGGUACAUUCUCACGAAGCUAUUUAUUUAUAGAACACUAAAUAAACAGUUCCUAAUAAUUAAUAAAACAAAUAUACAAAACGAUAAUUUAUUUGCAAGUUUUUUACGAAACAUUUAUUGAAGGGCAUCCGAUUAUUUUAUUUUUAGAACAAUAAUAAUUCAAUAGCAUUAUUUCUCCGAUUCAUGAUAUGUCGACAAUAUAAUUUUGUUAAUGGACUGAAAAUCUGUUGUUUCUGCUGUGGAUAGAAAAUUUUUAAGAUACCAAUUUAAAAAUAUAUAAAAAAAUAUCAGAACGUGUUCUGGUUCUGUGAUUCGUAAUAACUGGUUGUCGGACGCGGAAACUAUGAAUGAAUCGAGCACCACGCGGACCUGAGGUCCUGGACUCAUGAAAUAAUUUAAUAAAUUUAAUUCGACUGAUAACGUAUUAGUUGUUCGAUUGUAUAUCGGAAGCUGCGGGCCGCUCUCCGCGAGGAAGCGGGACCGCAUGGACCAAACAUACCCUAGCUCGACAUUACAAUAGAACAAAGUACAAAUUUCAAUGAUAUUCAUUAGUGCUCAGGCGCAUGUUUGUCCACAGUCGUCAAUUACUUAAAUAUUUGAAUUGUGAUUCGGUAGCUAAUGAGAGAAAAUUCUAUGUUCUUAAAUUAAGUGUACAUAGUAUAUUAUAUGGAGAUGGGCAUUAUGGCCGGGUGAUCGCGGCCGUUUGUAAAUAUAUUAUGUAAAUUAAUAAUUUUAUCGAUAUCGAUGUGGUAUGUCGGGCGGCAGCUCUGUUCCGUUGGGCCCCGAAGCCGACCCGCACUUCGUCUUGUAUAAGGUGACCUCUAUUCUGUCCAAUACACUCAACAAGUACACAUUUUAAAAGAUGCAUUUUAAUAAUUAAGAUGUCACAAAAUUUAAUCGCCAGUACAGACUAAUAGAAUACAUCGAGGUUUAGCUAUUAAUUUUGGGUUCUAAACUCGCGAUGCACUGAUCAAGUGUAUCGGCUCAAUACGUUUUAUUUCUCGUAGCAUACUGUUUUGUUAAAGGUGUCCGCACGGUUGGUUGUGAAGAUUUACUUAAGUAAGUUAGGGACUUUUCGGCGACUGUUCUCUGUCACGAAUUUGUACUAAAAGUUUGUAGCGAAAAAUGUUUAUUUUGCGUUUUUGUCGUAUUUUAUAUUCGACCUGAGAGAUUGAGUCGGUUCGAAACUUUAAAAUAAUUUGUAAAAAGUUUUUCUAUUUUGUUAUUAUUGUAAUUUUUUUUUUUUUUUCGAAUACAAUACGACAAAAAUGCAAUUCGUCCCGUGUGCUUGCAAAUAUAAUGUACAAAAUACUUAUCCUGUCAUUUUCGUCGUUACACUCGCCUGACCCCCGAAAUUAUAUUCAUUUGCCGGAAUAGGACUUGUCGAGAUUAAUAAGUCAACCUUUUUUCUAAUUCAAUAAUCUUAUUGUUGUAAAUUUUUGUAAAAAAUCGUUCGUUGAGCACUUGUUUGUAUCUUUAUUGAAAUACUAUUAAAGGCUUGCACACACUUCGUCCACUGUUCUCAAAUUUGAAUUCACUAAAAAGUUACGAGUCUUAUUGGAUCGUUGCACCAGUUGCAACGUGCGCGGUCCUUAAAACAAAAGUUAUGAUCUCGUUCAAAUCGCGAAGACCACGCUGCGAGGCGCGGUCGCAUUGUAAACUCAACCAGUCAUUGUUAAGAGUUCGAAUUUUUCGUCUAAUUCCGUCUAAUGAUUCGAAGUCGCGCGACUUUCAAAGAAAUUUUCGCGACCGCUCACACCCAUACGUAACUCGGAUCUUCGAAUAAACGUGUCCUCAUUAAGGUCUCUCAUUGCCAUUGGUUACCAAAAAUGACAGGAGUUUAUAAUUAAAAUUAAUGUGAAUAUAUGUAUUGUCAAAGAAUACUCUCGUUAGAUGAUUUUGAAAUGGAUUUUGGGCGAGCUCAUAAAGCACAUCGAAUUGUUAAUAUGUUUCCGUUGAGGGAUACGUUCGAAAUCGUUUCUGUUAUUGUCUAAUGUACGAUAAUGUAAUUGUAAUAUAAUUUUAAGCCGUUGUGUCGAAAAUAACAAGAACAGGAAUAAUUUUGUAAAACAAUGGCACAAAGAAUGAACAUAAAAUAUUAUAUAUAUAUAUAUAUAUUAUAGAAACAGAAAUGUGGCUAUAAGAGCAAUUUUUAUAAUAAAUAUUUACUGUUGAAGAAA